CUUCUUCUUCUUCUUCUUCUUCUUCGCUCUUCUUCUCCAUUAUUCGUAUUCGCCUCCUUUUGCUUUUUUCCAGGGCCUCUCUUUCUCUCUCUCUCUCACUCAACAGGUGACGAGUCUCUUGCAUCCGAUACAUGUAUGUUUUGACUUAUUGAGUGAAAGUAAGUUAUAGCAGACAUGCAAAGAGAUAAUAGUGCCGGAAACCCAUCAACCCCAAGGUCCCCACGACUGCGGCACCGUAGACGCUCAGCUGAGCAACUUCUCCCAGAUGCUAGUAACACGAAUGGAGGUCAUUUACUUGUUGAUGACAAUAAUAAAUACAAGACGAUGUGGAUUAGGGCAUACUCUACUGUCUGGAUGAUUGGAGGAUUUGCAUUAAUCAUAUAUCUGGGUCAUCUCGCUAUAACUGCCAUGGUGGUUGUUAUCCAAAUUUUCAUGGCAAAGGAGCUGUUUAAUCUCUUAAGGAAAGCUCAUGAAGAUAGGCAUCUCCCAGGAUUCAGGCUGUUAAACUGGCACUUCUUCUUCACUGCGAUGCUGUUUGUUUACGGUCGAAUACUCAGUCAACGGCUUGUCAACACUGUGACUUCAGAUAAAUUUUUACACAAGGUUGUGAGCAGUCUUAUCCAGUAUCAUAUGGUCGCCUGCUAUUUCUUGUACAUUGCAGGUUUUAUGUGGUUCAUUCUUACAUUGAAGAAGAAGAUGUACAAGUAUCAAUUUGGCCAGUAUGCAUGGACACACAUGAUCCUAAUAAUUGUGUUUACACAAUCCUCUUUUACUGUAGCCAACAUCUUUGAAGGAAUUUUCUGGUUUCUUCUGCCAGCAACACUCAUAGUCAUCAAUGAUAUUGCUGCUUAUAUUUGCGGCUUCUUUUUCGGAAGAACCCCUUUGAUUAAGAUAUCUCCAAAGAAAACUUGGGAGGGGUUCAUUGGAGCUUCGAUUACAACUAUGUUUUCAGCCUUUUGGCUUGCACAUAUCAUGGGCCAGUUUCAGUGGCUAACAUGUCCAAGAAAGGAUUUAUCUACUGGUUGGCUUCACUGUGAUCCUGGUCCAUUGUUUACUCCAGAAUAUCAUACCUUACCAGGAUGGCUCCCUGAAUGGUUUCCUUGGAAAGGGAUCUCAAUUUUGCCAGUUCAGUGGCAUGCUCUAUGUCUCGGUUUGUUUUCAUCAAUUAUAGCACCUUUCGGAGGCUUCUUUGCAAGCGGUUUCAAAAGAGCUUUCAAAGUCAAGGACUUUGGUGACAGUAUCCCUGGGCACGGUGGAAUCACAGACAGAAUGGAUUGUCAGAUGGUAAUGGCUGUUUUUGCUUACAUCUAUCAUCAGUCAUUUGUUUUGCCUCAACAGCUCUCCGUUGAAAUAUUAUUGGACCAGAUUUUGACAAACCUUACUGUCGAGCAGCAGCUAGCUCUGUAUGAGAAGCUUAAACAAGCUUUGCAGGACAGUAUACUCGGAUGAUCAUGUGUGAAUAACCUGUAUUUGUGCUAUCUUCCUCCUCUCUCCCUUGCGUGAUCGGACAUAUUGUCAUAGAGAGGAAAUGGAAGGUAUUUGUAAAUGGUGGUGUUCUGCUUUCGCUGAACAACCUCAUUGAAAUAUUAGGUCGGAGGCAUCAUUCUUUUGUGCGGAAACUUUGUAUAGUGGCUCUUGGUCAUUUAAUAUACAUGAACUCUAGAUAGAAGUCCUCCCUCCUCUCCCUCCCUCCCCUGUAUCUGUGCUUGUUGGUUUGUCAUAUAUGUGGAAUUUGAUUAU